GCCUCUUGGACCCUUCUCAGAAAGAGCUGUACAAGGAGGUCAUGCUGGAGAAUGCCCAGAACCUGCUCUCCCUGGGACUGCCAGUUCCCAGAGAAUAUCUGAUCACUUAUUUGGAGGAAAGGGAAGCCCCAUGGCUGCUGGAGCAAGAAGGCCUGAGGAGCUGCUGUCCAGAAGGAGAGAUUAGACCUGAAAUAAAAGACACUACUGCAAAUCUAAGCAUUUCUACGGAAGAAACUCACAAGCAAAGCUUCAUGAGGGAUGGUCCUUGUGACUUCACUGGGAGACAAAUCUGUGCUGGACUUCAGAGAAUCCACACAGGAGAGAAGCCUUAUGAUUGUCAUCAUUGUGGGAAAGAUUUGAGUCAACAGUCAUUUCUUAUUAACCAUCAAAAAAUUCGUAAUGUAGAGAAAACACAUGAGUGUCAAGAAUGUGGUAAAGCUUUUAGUGAACACUCAUCUUUCAUUAUAUGUCAUAGUAUUCACACUGGCAGGAAACCUUGUAAAUUUAAUCAAUGUGGAAAGGCUUUCACAAAGAGCUAUCUUGCUGUAUGUCAGAGAAACCAUACUGGGGAGAAACGUUAUGCAUGUGAUCAAUGUGGAAAGGCUUUCUCACAGACUGCCAAUCUUACUGAACAUCAGAAAAUCCACACUGGAAAGAAACGUUUUGUGUGUAAUCAAUGUGAAAAGGCUUGUAAAAGUACCUCUGACUUUGGUGUACAUCAGAGAAUCCAUACUGGAGAGAAACCUUAUGAAUGUAAUCAAUGUGGAAAGGCUUUUAGAAGUCCCUCUGACCUUGCUGUACAUCAGAGAAUCCAUGCUGGAGAGAAACCUUAUAAAUGUAAACAGUGUAGAAAGGCUUUCCCACACAGGGCUAAUCUUACUGCACAUCAGAGAAUCCACACUGGAGAGAAACCUUAUGAAUGUAAUCAAUGUGGAAAGGCUUUUAGAAGUCCCUCUGACCUUGCUGUACAUCAGAGAAUCCAUGCUGGAGAGAAACCUUAUAAAUGUAAACAGUGUAGAAAGUCUUUCACACAGAGCUCAAAUCUCGCUGUACAUCAGAGAAUCCACACUGGAGAGAAACCUUAUGAAUGUAAUCAGUGUGGAAAGGCUUUCCGUUGCAGGAACAAUCUUGCUGCACAUCAGAGAAUCCACAGUGGAGAGAAACCUUAUGAAUGUAAUCAAUGUGGAAAGGCUUUUAGAAGUCCCUCUGACCUUGCUGUACAUCAGAGAAUCCAUGCUGGAGAGAAACCUUAUGAAUGUAAACAGUGUAGAAAGUCUUUCACACAGAGCUCAAAUCUCGCUGUACAUCAGAGAAUCCACAGUGGAGAGAAACCUUAUGAAUGUAAUCAAUGUGGAAAGGCUUUUAGAAGUCCCUCUGACCUUGCUGUACAUCAGAGAAUCCAUGCUGGAGAGAAACCUUAUAAAUGUAAACAGUGUAGAAAGUCUUUCACACAGAGCUCAAAUCUCGCUGUACAUCAGAGAAUCCACACUGGAGAGAAACCUUAUGAAUGUAAACAGUGUAGAAAGGCUUUCCCACACAGGGCUAAUCUUACUGCACAUCAGAGAAUCCACACUGGAGAGAAACCUUAUGAAUGUAAUCAAUGUGGAAAGGCUUUUAGAAGUACCUCUGCCCUUACUAUACAUCACAGAAUCCACACUGGAGAGAAACCUUAUGAAUGUAAACAGUGUAAAAAGGCUUUCACACGGAAAGCCAGUCUUACUGCACAUCAGAAAAUCCACACUGGAAAGAAACCCUUUGCGUGCAAUCAAUGUGGAAAGGCUUUUAGAAGUACCUCUGCCCUUACUGUACAUCACAGAAUCCACACUGGAGAGAAACCUUUUGUGUGUAAUCAAUGUGGAAAGGCUUGUAGAAGUACCUCUGACCUUGGUGUACAUCAGAGAAUCCAUACUGGAGAGAAACCUUAUGAAUGUAAACAGUGUAGAAAGGCUUUCACACGGAAGGCCAGUCUUACAGCACAUCAGAGAAUCCACACUGGACAGAAACCUUAUGAAUGUAAUCAAUGUGGAAAGGCUUUUAGAAGUUCCUCUGACCUUGCUGUACAUCACAGAAUCCAUACUGGAGAGAAACCUUAUGAAUGUAAACAGUGUAGAAAGGCUUUCACACAGAAGUCCAGUCUUACUGCACAUCAGAGAAUCCACACUGGAGAGAAACCUUAUGAAUGUAAACAGUGUAGAAAGGCUUUCACACAGAGUUCCAGUCUAACUGUACAUCAGAGAAUCCACACUGGAGAGAAACCUUAUGAAUGUAAUCAGUGUGGAAAGAUUUUCAGAUGUAAUUCUGGUCUUGUUAAACAUCAGAGAAUCCACACUGGAGAUGAUUGUAAUCAAAGUGAGCAUAUUCAAACAUUGCUGUGAGCUUGCUGUACAUCAGAGAAUCCACACUGGGGAGAAAUCUUAGGAAAGUCUGGAAUGUGGUAAACCUUUUAUUGCAUGCUCUUCCCUGACUAAACAUCAGAGAAUCUUUACUAGAAGAUAAAUCUCAUUAAUAUGAUCAACAUGGAAAAUCAUUCAGGCUAAAGGCAUCUCUUAUUUCUCACCAGAAUUGACAGGAGAUACAAAUCCUAUCCCUGUCAUGAAUGUGGAAAGGCAUCCAAAUGGAGUACAGCGCUCAUUAGCAUCACAGAAUUCUUCUUGGGAACAAGCCCUAUAGGGACUAAGGCAGAGACCAUCUCUUCUUUUACAUCAUACUUCAUCCUGUAGAGAACACUUAAGAAGGUGCUCAAUGAGCUCCUGCUUUUCCCUGGAAGAUUGAGAUCACUAGACAACACAAUUUUAGCUAUUGACAGAAGCUUUAUGAAAGCAAUGAUUGUGGGAAGGCUUUCACCUGGACCUCAUCCACGCAUCUCCAUUUGAGAAAUCUUGCUGCAGAUAAAAUUUAUGGAUGUAAUUACUGAGAGAAGGCCUCUUCCUGCAGCACAGACCUCAUUAGAUAUCACAUAUUUUAUACUGUGUAUGAAGCCCUGAAAAUGGCUUGAAUUUUUUUUCUGGAAUCCUAAGUUUUCUUAUGACUCCCCUAAAAUAUUCCAUGGCAUUCUUCCACCAUCCCUCAGAUGAUUGGUACUCACUUUGUCUCGUGAUGUUGGCUGGCACAGAAAGUCCCUCUGUAAAUAUUUUGGUAUUUGUUGGACAUUUAUUUUUGUAAUGAUGUUUUAGUCUGCUGGGUUGCAUAAUGCAUAGAGGGCUGUCUGUGAGUUCACAAGACCUCAGUUCAAAUUCAGCCUCUGAUGGUUACUGGCUAUGUGUUCCUGGACAAGUUAUGUCUUAACCUAUUCCUGCAUAAGAUUCCCUGUCUGUAAAAUGGGAAUAGUUUCCACCUGCCAGGGUCAAUGAGAGGAUCAGUAUUCUAUGUAGAGUGAACUACUUGUGAGCUCACUAUUAUUAUUUUCCCCUGGGAUCGUGAGUCUCAUUGCAAUGCUAAAAGAUAUGGAUAGGUUAGUGACUUUUCUUUUAUUCCAAUUAACCUUCAGAAGAGUGUAGGUUAGUGCAAUAUGUUGAAAUGUAUAGGGAGAAGGGUUUAGAGUUGGGAAGUUUUGGCUACAAAUCUUGUGUCAGAUGCUCUCUCAGUGUAAUUCUAAGUGAGAAAUAACCUUUCUGUGCCUCCAUUUACUCAUCUCUAAAAAGGGGAUGUUGUAUCAGAUUGGACAAUAUGACAGAAAAGGGAAAUGAAGAUGUGAGGAAAUUGGGACAUUAAUACA